AUGCCUGGUCACACCGAUCUGGUUCGUGGCCCAGAGGGUACCAUUUACGAGCAGGAGGAUGGAUUCGAUGGCAGUCUGAGGAUUGAGAUCGACCCCACAAAGCUCAAGUUUAUCCAAGAACUGAACAUAUCAGAGUCAUCAUCGAUUUUCCAUGUGAGCUACGAGGGCAAACCCUAUGUUGUGAAAGUUUUCCAUAACAAUGGAGACCCUGGGUAUGCCGAUGACGGAGUUCGUGACUUGAAUCGUGCUCGCUGCGAAAUCCGGGCCUACUGCAGUCUCAAGCGAUCUGGCAUAUGUGAUGCGGGCUACGUACCUCAGUUUUACGGAUAUGUGGUAUCUCUGAAUCCAGAUGUUAUUUCCCCCCAUCUGGAUGCCUUUCAGCAUGACACUGGCCUCCCAAGUGCAAUUCUGAUCGAGUACCUGCCACACCCCUUGCCAUUGAACUGUGUUACUUACACCGAGGAGCGAAUGGCCAAAGCGGUCCAUGGCAUUGAACAGAUUCAUUCAGCUUUGGUUGAGCACAAUGACUCCUACCCUAAGAACAUUCUGAUUGUACCUGGUGACCCUGAGAGAGUGAUGUGGAUAGAUUUUGAUGUUGCGAUUACUUAUCCUGACAGUACCUACAUCAGAGAGAAGGAACGUGGUUGGAUUGAAUUUGAAACCAGUUGUGUUGAGAGUUUUGGGAGAACGCUUGCAGAUGAUCAAAAACAGGGUCUACCACCGAACACAAAAUAUUACUAG